AUGAUAAGGAAUAAACAACUACCAGCUCUUCGAACACUUCAAAUAGAUGCAAAUUAUCUUGGUAAAGAUUUUAAUUCAUAUCAUUGGGAUAUAUUUUCAUCAAUUUUUCACAAUAAUAAAUCUCAUCCAAUCGAUUCAUUUAGACAUGAAUUUCAAUUGUUUCUUUGUUUAUUAAUAUCAUAUAAUAGACUUCUUUCAUCACCUUCUUUAGUCGCAGCUGUUCAAUAA